GCAGAUGCUGAGACAGAGGUCGCUGGGCAGGAGGCAGAGCGGACACAGGAGGGAACAAGAUGCAGAAGCCUCAGAACCGGACCGUGCGAUUGGCCCGCGGGCAGAGACAGGAGGAGGUGUAUGUUCUGGGCACCUCUAUAUCUAUCCCUGUGCUGGGGGGGGCACCGGCUGAGUCCCAGUGGUUCUCCUUUCAUCACUCUCAGAAUAUCGAAGCCUCAGUCUUCUAUAGUGACAGCGACCAACAGAAAGUGCUCAAUGGGGAGAAGCUUUGGCCGCUGACCCCGCAAAGUUUGGUGGAAAUAAAGAUGUUGGCACCGAGCGCUGAGACCAGUGAUGGGAAGAUCACAUUUACUUAUUAUGGCAAACGCUCUGAUGCUCCUUUAGACAAGUCUUUAGUCUAUUUCACUGGGGUUGAGAUCUCAUUGGACGUUGACGCAGACCGAGAUGGAGACGUGGAGAAGAACAAUCCACACAAGGCCUCGUGGACUUGGGGCCCUAAUGGGCAAGGAGCCAUUCUCCUGGUGAACUGUGACAAGGACAGUCUGUUUGCCCGCUCCGUCGAUAGCGGGGAUAAUAUCAUGAUGAGCAAAGAAGAUCUGCUGGACAUGUCCCCUAUGUAUCUCAGGACUCAGGGGCCCGAGAAGCUUCCCACCGGGUAUCACAUGCUUCUCUACAUCUCUGCAUCCGACUCAGGGAAUCUGGGAGUCUUUCACUUCCAAAAUAAGAUGUAUAGCCAUGUUCUGGGCAGGCAGAAGCUGUUCUACAAGGCCCACUACACAGGAACCAAUCAGCUGCAGUUCUUUGUGGAAGGUCUGCGGUUCCCAGAUGAAGGAUUCAAUGGGCUGGUGUCCAUCAAAGUCAGCCUCCUGGAGUCCAUUGGGGAGGGGAUCCCUGAUACCCCCAUAUUUACAGAUGAGGUCACCUUCCGCAUGGCUCCUCUGAUCAUCACCCCAAAUACAUUACAGCCCAUAGAUGUUUUCGUAUGCAGUGUGAAGGACAAUCUUUUCUUCCUCAAGGCCAUCAAGAGCCUCAUCAGUGAAGCCAACUACAACGUCAAGAUCUGCUUCGAGGAUGUGAACCGCGGGGACCGAUGGAUGCAGGAUGAGCUUGAAUUUGGGUACAUCCAUGCUCCGCACAAGAGCUUCCCUGUGGUGCUGGACUCGCCACGAGACCGGGGGCUGAAGGAUUUCCCUGUCCGGAAUCUGCUGGGCCCAGACUUUGGCUACGUGACUAAACUUGCAGCCUCUUCUGAAGUGACCAGCCUGGACUCAUUUGGGAACCUGGAAGUCAGCCCCCCGGUAACUGCGAACGGGAAGAAUUAUCCCCUGGGGCGCAUUUUGAUUGGAAGCAGCUUCCCCACCUCUGCUGGGAGGCGGAUGACCAAAGCAGUACGAGACUUUCUUUAUGCCCAGCGGGUACAGUCGCCAGUUGAGCUCUACAGUGAUUGGCUGUUUGUAGGUCACGUGGAUGAAUUCAUGACCUUUGUACCAACAGCUGAUAAAAAAGGAUUCCGGCUUCUCCUUGCCAGUCCGGUCUCUUGUUUCCGGCUUUUCCGUCAGAAGAAAGAUGAGGGGCACGGAGACAUCACAUUGUUUCAGGGGAAGGAAACCAAGAGAUGGACAGUCGCCAAAAUCAUCUCCACUGAUACAUUAGUGAAGGAGAACCUUUAUGCCCAGCAUUGUAUAGACUGGAAUAGGGAUAUCCUGAAGCAGGAGCUCGGCCUCACGGAAGACGACAUCAUUGAUAUCCCAGCGCUGUUCAAGCUAGAGACUGGCGGCCGAGCACUCGCUUUCUUCCCAAAUAUGGUGAAUAUGUUAGUGCUGGGGAAGGAGCUGGGGAUCCCGAAACCCUACGGGCCGGUUAUCAAGGAGAGCUGCUGCCUGGAGGAUUAUGUGGUGUCGCUGCUGAAGCCGCUGGAGUUGAACUGCACCUUUAUAGAAGACUUUGUGUCGUACCACAAGAAGCUGGGGGAGGUUCACUGUGGAACAAACGUGCGUCGGAAGCCCUUCCCGUUGCCCUGGUGGCACAUGGAGGAGCCGUAGAAUCUGAUCCGGCCGGGGACCUGUAUCACAUGUACAAUGGCUCCUGUAGGUGCAGGGAGUGAUGCAGGGAGUUCCCUACUGUUAGGAUCAUAAUAUGUUUCCAUGUUGAGUGCAGGGAUCUAUUAGUUUUGUGCCUUAAAGGGACCUUGGCCUGAGACACCUCUUCGAAUGCAGUUUAACCUCAUAUAUAUUAUAUAUCUCAUAUAUAUUAUAUAGCCCAUAGCAAUCAACCAAUGGCAAGAGAAGAGAUUCACCCUCACUAUUUGGGGGUGGGGCCUCUAGCAGCAUAGCACGCCUCCUUCUAUAUAACUCCCAGCACGUACAUCCCAUCAGUCUGUACAUUAGCCUUGUAACAACUCCCUGCAACCCCUGAGAACUAGUGGCUCAUAGAGGGAGAGUUACAGUCUAUAUAGUGCAAUAAAAGGGCCCUGCCAAGCCCCGCCCCCUAUUCCCAAGGUGCCUCUAUAACCAAUCAUUUCCUUUACUAACUCGUUAUUCCAGGAACAAGUUCUGUUUGUUUUCUGUAAUAAAACUUUCAUUGUGUUG